AUGACCAGCUCGCCAGGAAUGGCCCUCCCCAUCCUCACAAUAUUCCAAGAUGCCACCGUCGGCCUCAUCUCCCUAAUGUUCAAACCGUACCUCCCUUUCGACCUCGCCGGUGUCAACUCGAUGGUCCGCAUCGCCGUCGCUCUCAACGACAAAGAGAACGGCCCGACCCAAGCCGACGGUCGAGCCCCUUCCCUCGUCGCCUUUAACGAAAAGGAGUGGUACAUUGGCGCUUCAGAAUGGGUCGCUAAUGACCACGUCAAGAGUGGGAGCUAUGUGGAUGUGGUGGUGCAUCAGGAGGAUGACGGGGCGGGGCAGGAGCCGGCUUAUAUGCAGGUGUUGGGACAUGAUGAUGCGGUCUGUGUUGCCUAUAUUGGGCAGACGUGGCCGGAUGGGCAGCAGAGAGGCUGGUUGGGUGAUGUGGGGAGGGCGUGUGGGAAGAGGUGGUUUUUCAGUAAUGUGGAGGUUGGGGAGCAGAAGUAUAUGCCGGACUGCACCUGGCUCGACCGCGACCACGCCAAAGACGGCACCGACGCUCUCGAGAACAUCGAAGCAGCCGCCAUGCAAAUCCACAUGCAGGACUUCACAAACCUCACCGGGCCUUACCCCACCGAUCCCUCCUACUACUGCACCUACCCCGCCACCCUGUUCGUCCGCGACUACGACUACGAAUUCAGACUCGAAUGGUUCGAACACAAAAUCCCGUCACGCUCCCGCAUCGCAUUCUGGAAAGACCACGGCUUCAGAAGCAAACGCCGAUCCCCUCAUCCUCACCGCCGCCGUCCUCGACCCUCCAGACGCUCCCCGGCCCUGCGCAGCAAGCUGGUGUCCAGCACGCACGAGAAGCAUAGCGCAAAGGCACUGUGCGGCAGUGACACGAGUCACGGACCCGACUUCGUGAGUCACUCGGAAGGCUUGUUUUGCGAUAUGGGUACCAAGCGGGUGUGGCCUCUCUGUAAGACGACGGAGGAGGUGGAGGUGGGGUGCUAUGACUGGGAAAGUCAUGGUUUGGUCACGAGGGAGGGGAAGGAGGGGAGGGAUUAUGCGGAUGUGGAGGAGUGGGCCUGA